AAGUGCGAUCUUUUUGAGGUGACCGGAGGGUCGUUUCACCUUGAAAAUCCGCCCCAGAGAAGGAAGCGCUUCUGGUUCUUCUCACAUGAAAGCCGUUCCGUUUCCUCAUCUGUUGCCUGUUCUCUGUAUCUAAACUGAAGGAAUCAAAUACGUGCCGACUGAAGGUUUGAAACACCUUGAAAAAUUCAAGUUUACAGCUUAAUCUGUUUUCUCCCGGAAAGGAAUGCAGAAGAAAGAAAUGAUUGUCACCGAAGAUAAUGCUUUUUCUCUUUUGUAUUAACGGCAGUUUUAACUGGGCGAAAAGUGAUUGUAUCUGGCGGAAUUUUUUUUAACGCUUUCGUACUUUCACACAGCGCACAGCUGUGUCCUUGGCGUUAGUCUCGGCACGUUUGGUGUAUUUUUUAGCUGCUGUUUAAAAGAAAACAGGUGUGCGGCGGCAAACGGGGUAAAGAGAAACACCACGCGCCACAGGAAUGUUUGUGUCUUGGCUGUGAUCGGGCUGACCUUUGACCUCCGCCGGGCUCCACGCGGCCGGACCUCAGCAUGGAGACGAGAGGCCGGCUCCUGGCCUGCCUGGCUGUGGCCUCCCUGCUGCAGCUCAGCUCCGCGGGGCUGGUGAAGGUGAUCCGCCACCGGCGGGAGGCCCUGAAGCCCGCCGCGGACAAAGGCCCCGCCCCCGCCUCCACCACCAACGUCACCCUCCCGGCGCUGGACCAGCCGGUGGUCUUCAACCACGUCUACAACGUCAACGUCCCCCACGGGUCCCUCUGCUCCGUGGACCUGGACUCCCCCGGCGGCGCGGUGGCGCUGGCGCAGCGGGACGCCCCCGCGGACGCCCCCCCCGGCGAGCACCUCCUCACCGAGCACACCGUGAACGGGGAGAACCAGAUCGUGUUCACGCACCGCAUCAACAUCCCGCAGCAGGCCUGCGGCUGCACCGACGGCCUGCCGGAGCUCAAGGACAUCCUGAGCCGCCUGGAGCUGCUGGAGGGGGAGGUGUCCUCUCUCCGGGACCAGUGUACCACGGGGGCCGGCUGCUGCAGUGCUCACCAGGCCACCGGCGUGGUGGGGACGAAGCCCUUCUGUAACGGGCGCGGGAACUACAGCAUGGAGUCGUGCGGCUGCGUGUGCGAGCCGGGCUGGACGGGGCCCAACUGCACCGAGGCGCUCUGCCCCGAGCACUGCCAGGACCAGGGGCGCUGCGUGGACGGCAAGUGCGUCUGCUUCGAGGGCUUCGCCGGCGAGGACUGCAGCGUGGAGGUGUGCACGCCGGACUGCGGCGAGCACGGCCAGUGCGCGGACGGGGCCUGCGUCUGCGCCGACGGCUACUCGGGCGAGGACUGCUCGGAGCCGGACUGCCUGAACGCCUGCCUGGGCAGGGGGGUGUGCGUGGACGGCGACUGCGUGUGCGACCACCCCUGGGGCGGCUUCGACUGCUCCGAGCUCAUCUGCCCCAACGACUGCUUCGACCGCGGCCGCUGCGUCAACGGCACCUGCUACUGCGACGAGGGGUUCGCCGGCGAGGACUGCGGCGAGCUCACCUGCCCCAACAACUGCAACUACCGCGGCUUCUGCGUGGACGGCAAGUGCGUGUGCGGCGAGGGGUACGCCGGCGAGGACUGCUCCCGGCUGACCUGCCCCGGCAACUGCAGCAAGCGCGGGCACUGCUUCAACGGCAUGUGCCUCUGCGACCCCGGCUUCGAGGGCGAGGACUGCUCCCGGCUCUCCUGCCCCAAGAACUGCCACGAGCGGGGGCGCUGCGUGGAGGGCGUGUGCGUCUGCGACGAGGGCUUCGAGGGGGCGGACUGCGGCGAGCUGUCCUGCCCCAACAAGUGCCUGAACCGGGGCCGCUGCGUCCACGGCCAGUGCGUCUGCGACGAGGGGUACGCCGGGGAGGACUGCGGGGUGAAGACCUGCCCCGGCGACUGCAACGGGCGGGGCGACUGCGUGGACGGCAAGUGCGCGUGCUACGCGGGCUUCACGGGGGAGGACUGCGGCGAGCUCACCUGCCCCAACGACUGCCUGGGCAGGGGGAAGUGCGUGCGCGGGAUGUGCGUGUGCGACGAGGGGUACGCCGGGGAGGACUGCGGGGUGAAGACCUGCCCCAACGACUGCCUGGGGCGGGGGAAGUGCGUGGACGGGCAGUGCGUCUGCGACGAAGGGUUCGCGGGGGAUGACUGCGCGGUCAAGCUGUGCCCCAACGACUGCCUGGGCCGGGGGAAGUGUGUGGACGGGCAGUGCGUCUGUGACGAAGGGUUCGCGGGGGAGGACUGCGCGGUCAAGCUGUGCCCCAACGACUGCCUGGGGCGCGGCCAGUGCGUGGACGGGGUCUGCGUGUGCCGGGAGGGGUUCGCGGGCGACGACUGCUCGGUGCUCACCUGCCCGGCCGACUGCAACGGCCGGGGUCGCUGCGAGAACGGCCUGUGCGUGUGCGACGACGGCUACAUGGGCGAGGACUGCGGCGAGCUGAGGUGCCUCAACGACUGCAACGACAGCGGCCGCUGCGUCAACGGGCUGUGCGUGUGCGACGAGGGCUUCAUCGGCGACGACUGCUCCGAAGUCUCCCCACCAACGGACCUGGUUGUGACCGAGGUGUCCCCAGAGUCCGUCGACCUGACCUGGGCCAACGAGAUGGUCGUGACAGAGUACCUGAUCACCUACGUGCCCACCGCCCCCGGCGGUCUCCUGCUGGACUUUCGCGUACCUGGCGACAAGAAGGCCGCCACCAUCGACCAGCUGGAGCCGGGGAUCGAGUACCUGAUCAACGUCUAUGCCGUCCUCAACAACAAGCAGAGUAUCCCCGUCAGCGCCAGGGUGGCCACGCAUCUCCCGGAGCCCGAGGGGCUCAGGUUUAAGUCCGUGAGGGAGACGUCCGUGGAAGUGCUGUGGGACAAGCUGGACAUCGCUUUCGACGGGUGGCACCUGACCUUCAGAAACACAAAAGAGGAGAACGGGGAGAUCCUGAACGCCCUGGGCAGCACGGAGACCAGCUACGAGCAGACGGGCCUGGGGCCCGGCCUGGAGUACGAGGUCAAGCUGGAGGCCGUGAAGAACAAGACCCCGGGGCCCCCGGCCUUCGAGACCGUCACCACCAAGCUGGACAGCCCCAGCCAGCUGGAGGUGCGCGACGUGACGGACAGCUCGGCCAUCGUCUCCUGGGCGCUGCCGGUGGCGCAGGUGGACGGGCUCGUCCUCGCCUACGGGCCGAGCGCGGACUCCUCCGCCGCGCGGGUCACCGCGGACCUCUCCCCCGCCGACACCCAGCACAGCCUGGACGGCCUGGCCCCGGACACGGAGUACGAGGUGUCGCUGGUCUCCCGGAGGGGCCCAAUGAGGAGCGAUCCAGCCCGGGAGGUGUUCACCACAGGCCUGGACGCUCCGACGGACCUGGAGGUGGUGGACCAGACGGACGAGACGGUCACGCUGGAGUGGAAGAACAGCAAGGCGGCCGUGGAGAGCUACCAGGUCAAAUACAGCACCCUCUCCGGGGCCCAGCACGGCGCCAUGCACUUCCUGCCCUCGGCUGGCGAGGUCACACUGGCCACCAUCACGGGUCUGACCCCCGGGACGGAGUACGGGAUGGGCGUGUCCGCGGUGAAGGAGGACCGGGAGAGCCUGCCGGCCACCACCAACGCCGCCACCGACCUCGACGCCCCCAAGGACCUGGAGGUGAGCGAAUCCACGGAGACCACCCUGACCGUCGUGUGGAAGAAGCCUCAGGCCGCGAUCGGCAUCUACCGGCUCGUCUACUUCUCCACCGACGGCAGCAUGGAGGAGGUGGAGAUCCCGGGCUCGGAGACCACGUUCACGCUGACCAAGCUCACCCCGGGCAUGCUCUACAGCCUGUCGCUGGUGGCCAAGAGGGGCAGCCAGAAGAGCGAGCCUGCCACCCUCUCUGCGUCCACAGUGGAACACAAGCCCCUGGUGGGAAACCUCACCGUCUCGGACUUGUCCUGGGACAGCUUCAAUGUGUCCUGGAGCCCAGAGGAGGCCGAGUACGAGGCCUUUUUAAUUGAGAUUGCAGAGAUCGAGGGUGGCGACCAGGUUGCUAACCACACCCUCUCCGGCGAUGCCCGGAGCCUGGGCAUCACUGGGCUGAACCCCAGCACCACUUACAGGCUCAUUCUGUAUGGGGUGCACAAGGGGGAGAUCUUAGAGCCUGCUUUUGCCGAAGUCACCACAGAGACAGAGCCUGUGGUGGGCAAUCUUUAUGUGUCAAAUGUUACACCAGAGAGCUUCACCGUUUCCUGGAAUGGCACGGAAGGGAAUUUUGAGGGUUUUGUCCUGGAGAUCAUUGAUUCCAGCUGGAUGAUGGAGUCCAUGGAGUAUAAUCUAUCCCACAAUGCACUGUCAUAUGAAAUCGCUGGGCUCAACCCCAGCACUGACUAUAUAGCCUACCUUUAUGGGGUGGUCAAAGGGGUGAGAACACACGCUGUCAGUACUGUUGCGACAACAGCUGCAGAACCUGACUUGGCCAGUCUAGUUGUUUCUAACGUUACCUCAGACAGACUGUCCCUCUCCUGGAGGACGGGGGGCAGGAGUUUCGAUUACUUUGUGGUAGAGGUCAGAGAGUCUGCUUCGCCCUCUCAGGCCUCGGGGCGCACCCUGCCCGGGGGGGCGCGCUCCACGGUCAUCGCGGGGCUGAAAGGGGCCACGCGCUAUGACAUCAAAAUUUACGCCAGCUCCGGCCGGCAGAACACACUGCCCCUAACCGCCGUCGCCACCACAGAGGCAGAGCCUCAGCUGGGGGCGUUAGCCGUGUCUGACGUAACCCCGUCGAGCUUCACCGUGUCCUGGGGCCCCGUGGCCGGCCGCUUCCACGGCUUUGUCCUUCGGGUCAGCGACUCGGAGCAGCUGUACGACGCGCUGGAGCUCAGGGCCGCCGGCGACGCCCGCAACGUCAGCGUCGCCGACCUGGCGGACUCCACCCGCUACGACGUCGUCCUGUACGGCGUCUCCCACGGCCGCCGCACCCCCCCGCUGUCCGCCAGUGCCCGCACAGCGGAACUGCCCAAAGUGGAAAACCUAAACAUUUCGGACGUUAACCCGUUCGGUUUCCGGGUGUCCUGGACAGCGCGGGACGGGGGGGGGCAGCAGCCCGGCGGGUUCGAUCACUUCCACAUAGUGGUGACGGACUCGGGCUGGCUGCUGGAGCCCCAGGAGAUGACGGUGCCGGGCGACCAGUACUCCCUGGACGUCGGCGGCCUGAUCACUGGCAUAGGCUAUGAGGUCAGGCUGACCGGGGUGUCCAGGUCCGGGCUGAGCUCCCGAACUCUGACUGCAGUGGCUGUGACAGAAGCCGAACCGGAGGUGGAACACCUUUUCGUUUCGGACAUCACUUCAGAAAGUUUCCGCCUGGCCUGGACGGCCGAGGAAGACGCCUUCGAUACGUUCGUGAUCAAAGUUAGGGACUCCAAAAGGCUAGAAGCCCCGCAGGAGCUCCUCGUCCCCGGCGACGAACGAACCAGAGUCAUCUCGGACCUCACUGGCGGCACCGAGUACGAGAUCGAGCUGUACGGGAUCACUCUGGCGUGGCGAUCCCAGCCCGUUACCGCUGUAGCCAGAACAGGUGUGGGUGCUCCUAUGGACAUCGGCUUCUCCGACGUGACGGACACCUCCGCCAACGUCCUCUGGACCGUACCCCGAACUCGAGUGGACAACUUCCGGGUCUCCUGCACACCUUCCGACGGAGGAGUGCCGCUGGCGCUGUCGGUGGACGGGAGCGAGACCCAGACGGCACUGUCCGGCCUGAUCCCGGGGAUGACCUACCUGGUGACCGUCAUCUCCGUCAGGGGCCUGGAGGAGAGUGAGCCCGGGGCUGGCAGCGUGACCACAGCUCUGGACAAGCCUACGGGUCUGAGGGCCAUCAAUGUCACGGACUCCGAGGCCCUGCUGCUAUGGCAACCAGCCAUCGCCACCGUUGAUGGCUACGUCAUCACCUACAGCUCCGAAACUGUGCCCCCUGUGAUGGAGCGCGUCUCUGGAAACACGGUCGAGUUCGAGAUGAGUUCCCUGGUCCCCAGCACGCUGUACACGGUCCUGGUCCACGCGGUCAGAGAGGCGGAGAAGAGCGAAGCCGCCACCACCGACUUCACCACCGGCGUGGACCCCCCGCGGGACCUGGCGGCCAGUAAGAUUAUGCCCGACAAGGCCACCCUGACCUGGACCGCCCCCCUGGCCGCCAUCACCGGCUACGCCCUGAUCUUAGAGUCCGCUGACGGCACCGUCAGGGAAGUGGCUCUGGGGCCCGCGGAGACCUCGUACCAGCUGUCCAAGCUGACCCACUCCACAGAGUACACCGCGCGGCUGCAGGCCAUCGCUGGGGAGAAGAGGAGCCGCGUCAUCACCAGCGUCUUCAGCACCACCGGCCUGCUGUACAAGUUCCCGAAAGACUGCAGCCAGGCCCUGCUGAACGGGGACACGGCCUCCGGCCUCUACACCAUCUACAUCGGCGGGGCGGAGAACAAGCCCCUCCAGGUGUACUGCGACAUGAGCACCGACGGGGGCGGCUGGAUCGUGAUCCUGAGACGGCAGAAUGGUAACGUGGAGUUCUUCAGGAACUGGAGGAAUUACUCUGCUGGCUUCGGCGAAUUGAACAACGAGUUCUGGUUCGGCCUCAGCAACCUGCACAAGGUGUCCACGGCCGGGCAGUACGAGCUGCGGGUGGACCUGCGGGACCAGGGCGAGGAGGCCUACGCCCAGUACGACAAGUUCGUGGUGAACGAGCCGCGCGGCCGCUACAAGCUCGGCCUGGGCAGCUACAGCGGCACCGCAGGCGACUCGCUGAGCUACCAUCAAGGCCGCCCCUUCUCCACCUACGACAACGACAACGACAUCGCCGUCACCAACUGCGCCCUGUCCUACAAGGGCGCCUUCUGGUACAAGAACUGCCACCGCGUCAACGUCAUGGGGCGCUACGGCGACCACAGCCACAGCAAGGGUGUAAACUGGUUCCACUGGAAGGGGCACGAGCACUCCAUCGAGUUUGUGGAAAUGAAGAUGAGGCCGGUCAACUUCAGAAACUUUGAAGGAAGACGGAAACGAUCAUAAAACGACUCCCCAUGAGACCCCUUCAGCCCCGCCCAGCCAAGUCGCUCGCCCCACCCCCCCCACCCCCCACCACCACACCCCUCCCUCUCUCCUCUGUCCCUGCCCAAUACCAAUGUGACUUUACCGCCCCCCCCCCCCAACACACACAAACAUUCCCUUCCCCUGAACUGAACAAAGCCACCGCCAAGUACGAGAACACAGAGCCAUCUCGCCUCACCUCUCCCUCUGUCGCUCGGUCCCCAGACCUCCAGCGAGACUCCCAUGCAGUCUGACAGGCAGGCAGGCAGGCAGGCCGAAUGCGUCUCACCAAGGCUGGACUGCUGCAGUUGCCGCGGACCUGUACUGUUUAAGCACAGUAACAAAAAAAAAAACAACCUACAUGUACACACACCAAAGAAAGAGACCUGCUCUUGGGCGGAAUACAGGACAGUGGUGAUCCCGAAUGCGCCCAGCAGAGGGCGCCACUGAGUCUCUGGCUCGUGGAUUUAAAUGGAUUUUUUUUACUAUGCUGGGUUUGACCUGCCCUGUCUUCUGUGUCCAUGAUACACAGUCUCAGGAGGUCAUUCCGGGUUUUUCUACAGAGGGGGCCACAUCUGUUUGCACAGUGGUUUUUUCAAAAGUUUUUAAAGUGUUUUAUUUUACUCUCCCCAUCAGUACCUUUUCACAAACUAGCAUGCUUUCUGAACAAGACUAACUUUCUAUUUGUUAACUGAACUAUGAGCUGCUAUUCCAUGUGGCCCAGGCAUCCUUUGGGAAGUCUGUAUUUCAGUGUAAUUAAUUUUUGGAAAUUAAGCUGCAGUAUUAGACAAGUUUAGCAUUGGUAUGGAGACAUAGCUUUUGUCUCCUCUUCCAUUACGCUUUUCCUUACUCCUCCAUCCCUCCAUCUUCUCUGUCUCUCCUCUGUUUAAGAGAGGGGAAGAUGCAUUUCUAAAUUAAAUCAUCUGAUGUACUGUUUCAAACAUGAAGAGAACACAGACUGUGUCCUACCAGCCCAAGGCAGGGACAGAGUAAAUCUAAAAUAAUUAAAAUGUCUUAUCUUUGUAUUAUGUCCUUCUACAGAACUUCCAAGGCAGGACCUGCUACUCAAUUAUAAUAUAUCUAAAAUAAUGCACGAUGACCGGUACAUUUUUAUUUUUUUAAUUUUAUUUUUUUCCUUUUUUUUUUUUUUUUUUUUGGAAAAAUGUGAAACUAAAUUUUAGGGAAGUUUAAAAUAAAGGAAUGGUGCUUCCACUUCAGUUAAAGUUGUUACUCAAUAAAAAGAUGAAACUGACUUGGGAAAAAGUUUUGUCCCUUGUGAAGAUUUAAAAAAAAGAAAUGGAACUAGACGCUUUUAAAACUAAAAAGAAACUAAAUGUAUAUAUUCCUCCUAGUAAGAACCACAUCUUGGCCUACCACUCCUAGUUUGAAUGCUUGAGGGCAUAAAGUCUGUAUUCUAACGAGGGAAACCUUCCAUAAUAUGAACAUGCCAGUAAGACAUGAUUUAAUAGCUGUGUAAAUGAUGUCACUUACAUUUGAAUUUGUUGUUUUAUAACUGAAAUUUUAAAAAAAAAGAUGUUUCUCUGUAUCCCUUAAUAAACAAACAACCUUUGUUUAGUAA